AUGGUGAAACUCUAUCAUCUGACAAUGAGUCACGACAUAGAGGAAACAGAGAGGUUGAUUACAGCCAAAGAUGAGCAUAAAGACUCAAAAUGUUGUGGUUUCUGGUGCCAACUUGUACUCUCAUUGCUCGGAAUUAUAUUUCUAUUCACAGGAAUUAUCAUGGCCGAUUUGUGGCCACAGAUAUUUAACAAUAUAAUGAAAAAUAAACUUGAAUUGGAAAAUAAUACACUAACUUAUGAGUAUUGGAAACAAAUUCCAGCGCCAUUGUACAUGAGCGUAUACUUAUUUAACUGGACAAACCCAGAAGCUACGCUACAGACAGGAGAUUUACCAAUACUGCAACAGUUAGGACCAUACGUCUUCAGAGAAAACCGUACCAAAGUGAAUGUGACAUUCAACAAUAAUGAAACGGUAACAUACAUGCAGUUGAAAAGUUGGAAGUUUGAUCAAUCUCUUUCAAAUGGCUCAUUAUCCGACAAUGUUACCACAAUUAAUAUUGUGGUUAAUAUUUUGGGUGAAAAACUACAAGCCUUGAAUAAACAUUGGAUAUAUGUUCUUACUAACUACUAUUUGAAACUGUCAAACAUUAACAAGCCAUAUGUAACAAGGACAGCUGGAGAAUUAAUUUUUGAUGGUUACGAAGAUCCGCUUUUGGACAUUGCAAUCAAACUGAAAGCUUUUUUCCCCAUCGACAUACCGUUAAAAAAAGUGGGAUGGUUGUAUGGUAUGAAUAUGUCUACUUCGUCAGAUGGCUUAAUCAAUAUGUAUACUGGGAAAAAUGACAUUGAAAAUGUUGGACUUGUGCAUUCGGUAAAUUACAAUACGAAGUUGAAUGUGUUCAAGAAAGAUUGUAGUUAUUCAAAUGCUUCUGCUGGCGAUCUAUGGCCUGAACACACUGCAAUGCAACCUAACAUGUCAAUUUAUAUACCUGGUAUUUGCAGUGCAAUUACUAUGCUGAACAACAACUAUACAUACAUUAAUGGUAUAAAAGGAAUUGAAUUUGUUGCUGGAUCUGAUGUUUUUAACAAUACUUGUUAUUGUCCAACAUCUGGAUGUCUGUUACCUGGGGUACGGCCAUUAAGUUUAUGUGGAGACAAUGCACUUCCUAUAUUCAUAUCAUUUCCACAUUUCUAUUUAGCUGAUAAAUCAUACAGAAAAUCAGUAAUUGGUAUGAAUCCCAACCGGACUUUGCAUGAAUUUAAAAUGAUUUUGGAAAAUGAUUAUUCAAUACCGCUAGAAGUAUAUGCUAGAAUUCAAUUUAAUAUCAAAGUGAAACCAAUAAAAGAAUUAAAAAUUUUGAAAAACAUGCCAGAAAUCUAUUUACCUGUAUUUUGGUUUUCUGAAAGUUUUAAAAUUCCACGAAAUAUGUCCGACCAAUUGUUGAUUGUUACUAACGUAUUACCAAUGUUUGUUCCUUACGUAUGGCUUGUAUUGGCAUUAUCCGGAUGUAUAAUGCUAGUCUUUAGCACUUACCUAUGGGUGAGCAGAAAAAACGAAUCCUUCACCAUCUUGGACCCCAUGUGA